GAGAGAGAGAGAGAGAGAGAGAGAGUCGCGUGCGCACAACUAAGCAGAAGCUCCUGCUCGUGACAGCGUUUUGGUUUCUGUCUCCGUUACAGAAAUCGGAUCUUUUCCAAACUCCGUUUUUACGAUCUGAACGUAAAGACGUCACGACACUGAACGGAUUGGAUUGUAAACUCGGUGACGCUUGCGGACUGAAACAUCAUCAUCACCACCACCAUCAUCAUCAUCAUUUCUUUUGCGCGUGUGGAUUAAAGCGGAAGCUUCCUCUCGGUUACAUCAAGCGAAGAGGAAGAAUGAAGACAAGUGAGAGAGCCUCCCUUUUUGGGAGCCAUGGAUGAACACUGGCCCUUGAAUGUCCUGCCCUGCUAUUUAGGUGAUGAAUGGCUGCUCCACCGAGUCAAUUGCUCUGUGCUACUUGAUCCUUCACAUGCUGUCUCUGGAUUUAAUAUAUGCAGACAUUCCAAAACUGUUGGGUUAUUUCAGUGGAUCUACAUUGUGAAAAGCAACACUACAUUUUCGGUGUCUUUCUCACAUGCGUUCAAGGCUUCUUAAAGCUCUGCCCAAACUAACCUGAAAAGACACGCAUUAUAUCUGGUACAUGCAUGCUAAGGAUCUCCCUCACUCAGUGCAUGUACCCUGGCCCUGGAAAAAAUCAUGGCAUUUUGUCAAUAAAUGCUGAGGUGUGGUUAGGCCAGCAGUCUCAGAAGUCAAGCAGAAUCAAUGAACACUCUGUGAGUAAUGAGCAGAUAGCUCUUACGUUUAGUGGGCCAGAAAGGAACCACCUGCCAAAGCCAAGCUGUGAGCUUGGCUUUUCUUUCUUCUUUCAGACUCGCAUCUCCAUUGCAAAGUAGUUCAGCUCCAUCCUUGGAUUCAGUAUACUGCUUCAGACUGAAAUUAUUACUUCUCUUCAAGAAAGAAAGAAUCUUUACAGUCUGAAUACAUCCUGUAAUCUCCUGGACUGACUUUUUCAGCAAGUACAGCAAGAAAACCCAGACUUACAAAAGCCACUCUCACUCUCAAGGAUUAGAGAGUGAAGACACGAAUCCUUUCAAUUUACAAUAACGUAAUUACGCCUGGCAGUAAGUAGCAUCUGCACAAAGGUAAGAUAGCUCCUUACAUAAAGUAACUAGGCAUCGGGUAAUUGAAAAGAGACUCAAUUUGACCCAUAGCUGGAGUUAAAAAGGGACAUCAUAGCAGUGAGUCAGCGAUAGUGGUGGUGGCCCUCGCCAUGGUGCUGCCACCACCAGACAAACGGCACGUCUGUCUCACCACCAUUGUCAUCAUGACCAGCAUGGCCUUUAUGGAUGCCUACCUGGUGGAACAAAACCAGGGGCCACGCAAAAUUGGUGUCUGUAUCAUUGUCCUGGUUGGAGACGUCUGUUUCCUUAUAGUGCUCCGCUAUGUAGCUGUGUGGGUCGGAGCAGAGGUACGGACGGCACGCCGCGGCUAUGCCAUGAUCCUCUGGUUUCUCUACAUCUUUGUUUUGGAGAUUAAGCUUUACUUUGUCUUCCAAAACUGCAAGGCUGACCGCAAAAGUCUGGAGACUGUAGCAAGGAAGGCUCUGACUUUACUCCUGUCUGUAUGUGUACCAGGCCUCUACUUAGUCCUGGUCGCUCUUGACAGCAUGGAAUAUGUUCGGACUUUUAGGAAGAAGGAGGAUAUGAGAGGAAGACUCUUCUGGGUUGCUUUGGACCUCCUGGAUUUGCUUGAUAUCCAGGCAAACCUUUGGGAACCCCAACGAACAGGUCUGCCCAUUUGGGCAGAAGGGCUGAUGUUCUUCUACUGCUACAUUCUUCUUUUGAUCCUACCAUGUGUGUCAUUAAGUGAGAUCAGUGUGCAGGGUGAAAAUGUAUCACCACAGAAGAUGAUGUUAUACCCCAUGCUCAGUUUGGUUACAAUCAACGUAGUCACCAUCCUCAUACGUGGCGUUAACAUGGUGCUCUUUCAGGACAGCCGGGUCUCUACCAUCUUUGUUGGCAAAAAUGUGGUGGCAAUAGCCACCAAGGUGUGUACCUUCCUGGAGUAUCGGAAACAGUCACGAGAAUUCCCGGCACGUGAAAACGCAACUGGUAUUCCAAUGGAGAUACAGCAGAACUCAGUGGGACAUGGACAGGCUCUGCCAAAUGCAACAAGCCUCCCACAUGAACCUACACCAGUCCAGGAGAUAAUUGAUACAUGACAAAUUAACAAAUUAGAACAGUCCUCAAGGCUCCAACCUGGCACAGUUCUACCAAUUGAUGAAUGCAUGAGAGAGAGAGGACUUACGGUAUUAUUGCAUCAUUUCUGAGUAUUUAGACUGCGUUUCAACUGGGACAUAUGGAAGAAAUGUUAAAACACAAAACACAUAAACCAGCUGAAAUUUCUAGGUGCAGCAAAAUGGACUUUUUCUACUGACUGAGCUGGCAUAUUUUGCCAGAAUUUCUCUCUGUAAUUGCUGAGUGACAUCAGCUGAACUUGUUUUCCUUUCAAGAACAUUUCUGAGCGUGGGAUUUUUCUAACGCUGCAUUUCUUGCCACAUACCUGACCCAUCAGAUAUGAGCAUCUCUCUAAAUUGGCUCCUGCAAUGUAAAAGGACUUUGGGAAGGUAUAAGAUAGAAGAAAGUAAGCAAUUAUUGAUUCAUAACUGAGACGAAGCUCUGCUUUAGAAAUGGCUGUUUUUAGUUAGGAUGAGAUCUGUGACAAGUGGAUAAUAAUUGAGUGUGUUCAAAUGCUGCAGCUUGUGGUUGUGCAUACAGAGAUUGUGUGGGUUAGUGUGAGGAUUGGAUAAUGACGAUAGAGUCAAAAAGAGACCUUGGCAACCUCAGCACAGAGAGUGAGACACCUGAUAUUAUUAAAAAAAAAACAUUUAUGAUAUAUAAUCUAUGUACAUUCCCUCACAAAAAGCCUUGAAAGUCAGUGAAUGCACUCACAGAGCUUUAUUUGGUAAAAACAUACAAGUGAACAUUAUUAUUAUUAUUAUUAUUAUUAUUAUUAUUAUUAUUAUUAUUAUUAUUAUUAUUAUGUACUAGUGUGUGCUUCAUUUAUAUGUUUUAUGUUGGAGGGUGUUUAAUAAAAAAGAAUACUUAAUGUCAGUGUUUGGAUGAGUGGGAGCCUGAGAGAGACGUGCUAAAUGUUAAAGAUUAUAAUGUAACACGAAAUCCAUAAAAGGAAAUUGAGAUUUGCCUGUCAUCAUCCUCCCACUACAGACUGCCAACGUCAGUAUGGGCUAAAUACAGCAAAUAUCACCAUCCUUUGAAUAAAUUCUGUCAGCAAAAUGAGCACAAAGAUAUCAAAUGUCAAAACUGCAAAAAUAAUGAAUUAUCUAAACCUCUAUCGGUGGGCGCUCACCUUUCCUAGCCUUACACCGUAAGGAAUCCAUUCAUAAAUCACCAGGUCUGUACAUCAGGAAAUGAAUUGUGCCUCUUCUACAGGGUGUUAAAAGCUCUAUUCUUGCCCUCAAAGAUUUAUAUAUCAUCCAUAACCUCCUGAUAUAUUCACUCUCAACAGCAUUAAUUCAGCACAUGUGGAUAAUGUGAGGCAGCGUUUCAUAUCUUGCCAGUUGUUGACACCUUCUGUAGUAACCAGGUCAUGCUGAGUAGACGCUUUUUCUCUUGCUUCUACUUUGCUGCACUUCCACACUUCCUCACUUAGAGCAUCACUGCUCUAAGUGAUCACAGCCUCAGAGCCCAAUCUGCUGACCAUAUAUCUACCUGUAAAUGACCUGCCUCUCCAGGGCCAUCGACAAAACCAUUUGAACAUAUGCCCACUUAGUUUGAGCCAGGAGUGAGCACCAGUUUGUGAAUCAACAAUAAAUUAUACAACAUAAGCAACAUUAGUAUGCUUACAAUUAACGUUCAUAUUCCGCCUAUUGUUUAUGAGGGGCAGGACAUAGCUGCCUCCUUAAGAUCAGACUCAUUUUUAAUGUUUCUCCACUGGCUUUUGGUUAUUAAAGCAUGCACAUAGUUUUACACCAUAAAUAGUCAGAAAUGCUGUGGGGUUGUUUUAUUUUUUACAUUUAAGUACAUUUUUAGUUAAUGCUUCAAUAUUAGAAAUUGUUUAGAAUUCAAUCUACUAGUCAUUCUGUUCACGAUGAUGCCAGUAAACGUUUUGGCAAAUUGUAUGUUAAAGAUUGUCUAACGAUAGACCUGCAGUUACAGAAUAUUGCUGAAUUCUGUUUAGGUCAUUAAUCAGAACGAUCCAGAUUCAUCUGCAUAAACAGAAGCAUUCUUCAAAGUAAGCUUGAGGUAAUAAGAAUGUUUUUUGUUUACUUUUCAUCAUAAUUGUAGCUGUCCAGUGUGUUUGCUCAUUUUAUUGUGUCCUUUUUUUUUUUUAGACAAGCCUCAUGGUAGCGGACACUCUAUCGAGAUUUUUCUCACACUGCCUAAACUUUGUUGCCAGCAGUGAGCUGCCAGUGAUGUCAGCAUGUCAGUUUUUGCAUUGAUCACAGAGCAACGUUCUCAACCCAAGAUAAAAUAACUGUUUUGCAAGCUAUCAUUUUUGUCUGCAUCAGUAAAACUCAUACGCCAGUGUGAUCUCAUAUAAUCAUCACCAAUUCAACUCAAAUGGAAUUUUUCAGCUGUUUGAGAGCAUCUUGUUCAGUUUAGUGUCUGAUGGUGAAUGCCAUUGUCAUCUAUCACAGAAAAAGAAAUAAUAUAAAAGUAAUAAUAAUUUAAAUAAAAUCGUAAAAAAAAGCUGGAAUUCCUUUCUUCAUCAUCUCGUGGUUUGAUGUCAUGCCUCUCAAACUUUACAGCCAGGAAGGAGGUGUGAAAUUUUUAGGUCCAACUUAAUAUGCAUAGAGAUCCUUUAUGUAGAAAUGGUGAUACCAAGCCAAAUGUUGACUUUUAAAAGUAUGAUAAAUUCCACAAUCAAUGGUCUGAAUGGAUAAUUAUGAAAUAAUUGACCUGUCUUGUCUUGCCCUGUGAAUUGAUUUUUCUUGUCACCUGCUUUAGAAGGUCAAGAUGGGAUGGUUUGAUAGGAUAUGACAUAAAUCUAAAUACUCAUACCUCAGACAUGACAGAGCUGUAUGAUGAGUGUCUGUUUUUGGUUUACAACAACAUUUCAUGUAAAGAGGUUUUUUGUUUUUUCAUUUCAUGGCCAGAGAAGCAAUGAAGUUAAUAUGUAUACUAAUGAGGACAAAACCUUUGUUUUUAGCCCAAAAAAGCUCCCACGUCAUGUGCAUGUUGCUGUGAAGGUGCAGAAGGAUUCAAUAUGUGGUUUUGACCAUCAGGACAGUGAUUUUAAAAACUGCUUGUGC